UCCCCGCUCGGCUCGGCCCCCCCGACCCCCCGCCCGCCGCCGCCGCCAGCGCGGGGGGCGGCCGCGCCCGGGGCCCCCGGCCCGCCCCGCACCGGCACGCGGGUCACGCAGGUUUAAGCUGCCUUAAAGGAGAAUUAAAAAUAGUGACUCCAAAGAACAAAAUAACACAGAAGAGAGAAAACAGCACUCAAAAAACCCCCAGAAAGGGGUAGCAGGUUGUUUGAUAUACAUGGGCACAGAAGAUUAUGAACAGUGAAGACAAUGAAGAGUGGGACAUCCAUCAAAGAGUAACAACCUCUUAUAAGGUGACUCGUGUGAGCUCAUGAGGCUCCUGUAAAGGCCAGACUCAGCUAGGAUGUUACACCACCACUGCAGGAGGAACCCUGAGCUGCAGGAAGAGCUGCAGAUCCAGGCUGCCGUGGCCGCCGGCGAUGUUCACACCGUGCGCAAGAUGCUGGAGCAGGGAUAUUCCCCCAACGGUCGGGAUGCCAACGGCUGGACCUUGCUUCACUUCUCUGCAGCAAGGGGCAAGGAGAGAUGUGUCCGUGUUUUUCUGGAACAUGGAGCUGAUCCCACAGUUAAGGACUUAAUCGGAGGCUUCACCGCUCUGCAUUACGCAGCCAUGCACGGCCGGGCGAGGAUCGCGCGCCUGAUGCUGGAAUCCGACUACAGGAGUGACAUUAUUAAUGCCAAGAGCAACGACGGCUGGACUCCCCUGCACGUCGCUGCUCACUACGGCAGAGACUCCUUUGUCAGGCUCCUCCUGGAGUUCAAGGCUGAGGUUGAUCCGCUCAGUGAUAAAGGUACUACACCACUCCAGCUGGCCAUUAUCCGGGAGAGGUCAAGCUGUGUGAAAAUCCUCCUGGACCACAAUGCCAACAUCGACAUUCAGAACGGUUUCCUGUUGCGAUACGCUGUGAUCAAAAGCAAUCACUCGUACUGCCGAAUGUUCCUCCAGAGAGGGGCCGAUACAAACUUGGGGCGCUUGGAAGAUGGACAGACACCCUUGCACUUGUCUGCUCUUAGAGAUGAUGUGCUUUGUGCACAAAUGUUGUAUAAUUACGGAGCAGACACUAACACAAGGAACUAUGAAGGACAGACCCCACUGGCUGUUUCAAUAAGUAUUUCUGGAAGUAGCCGACCCUGUCUGGAUUUCUUACAAGAAGUGACAAGUAUUGUAAUCGGUAAUAAUGGCAGCCUUUAGCCCAGGUCCCCGGUUGGGAAUAACAGGCAAGAAACCAAGCUCUCAGAAAUACUCAGUAUUGGCCCUGAGAGUCUGCAAGAAGAUAUUGGAUUUUGGGGUUUGACCCUGAAGGUCUGAUAUUCUUCCUGGUUACAGGUAGAGAUUCCUUUGCUCCUAGAAUAAUUCCAAGAGGAAGUUAUUCUAUAGUUGUGUUUCAGUAUUUAAGCACAAAGCUGGAAGUCGGGAACAACGAGAGUUUUUGACCAUGAGUCUGCUGUUGACUUGGUGUUCAGACUUGUGUGUUUUUCUUUUUCCCCUCUCUCUUUUUUACAAUACAAAAAUCAGCAAAGUUUCCCUGGGGAAAAAAAAAUACUGAGGGUGAAAACUGCUCAGUGAUUUAUUAAUCACCUUCUUCUCCUUAUCUGUGUUACACUUUCCUAUUUCAAAGAACAUUUAUUGGCAGCCACCAUAGUACCUGAGAUCAUUUGAUAAAGAGUUGGUUUGGAGCAGUGUAAAUGUUUCCAUUUUCACAUGGUCUGAACCUGCCUCUUCAGGAGUGUUAAUGUGUUAAGCUUGGAAUGCACUAAUGCAAAUUAAAGUAGAGAAGCAUAUAUAUGAUAUAUAGAAAGACAGAGAUACAUAGAGACUAUUAUUGGUAGUGUAUAUAUUUAUAAAAUUAGUGUGCAGUCACAGCCCUGGAUGAAAUUAUUUAUUUUGAAGUUGAAUGGGAUUUGAGAAUAUUAAAACUUAUAAAAUGCAUGUGGGAGGUAGAAAAAAUGCAAGCGUUAGAAAAAUAUGUAAGGGCUUAAUUAAACUUCAAGAUAUUAGAAAUUUCAAUUAGGAUCUUUAAAUAAGGGAAUUUGACAAAAGCCUGGAAACUUCCCCUUCCCCAUAGCCCCCCUUUAAUUGAAUUUGUGUUCAGCUCAGGAGCAGGAGAGGCUGUGAGGAGCUGCUGGUCUGUGUCGAGGCAGAGCUCAGGAAAUGGUCUGGCCAGAGCAGUGUGAUGUGGCUGGUGUGGAAACAGGUACCAAAGAACCCAGUUCAGUUCUGGAACAGCAUCUAAAGGUCACCCAGUGAAUUUAACUGCAAAUGUUUCAGCUACAUUCCUUUUCUAAUUUUUCAAAGGGCAGUUCUUUGGCUUUGACUGGAAAGUGUAAUUUUGUGUUUAAAUUUAUAUAGCACUGUAAAUAUACAGAAUGACUGAGACAGAAGCUCUGGUAAGGAAAUCCUUAAUCCUAUACAUCCUUUGUCUUUAUCCCUUGGCCAAAGCAAAAUAACUUUUCACUAGAGUUUUAUUUUUUUUAACUGGAAGAAGAUUUAAAAAGUUUCUCUCUGCAUAGUUUAAACUUUUAUAAAUACGGAAGUGUCACAGUGAAUUAAGUAGAUUUCUACAUAUUUUAUUUCAUGAUAAUUGCAAAGGAAAUGGUGUUUUCAUGUUUGCAAUAACAUAGCAGAUCUUUACUGGAAUCUCAGGCUUUACUUGUUUCCUUGGGUGCUGCUGGAAAUCUUGCAGUGAUGAUUGAGGUCUGCUUUGUCAUCCAGUUACACAGGGAACCGGGAGACGGGGAUUAUUUUAUCAUUUUCUACUCUACAGUUGACUGUAUUAAGUAGUUGAAUAAUAUUGUGUAGGCAUACAAGUUAUUUACUUUGAAGGACUUUUUUAAGAGGCCUUCAUAAAAAAAGAUUAAAGAUUUUUUUAUAUGUGGCACUUAAGGUACAGCCAUGCUCUACUCCCAUUUGUACACUUAUGCUCUACUCUGCAAAAAUAAUUUCAAAAUAGCAUAACAAUGCAUCUUAAGCCUGUCUUGAUGUUCAGAGCACUUUACUUACUGUCUCCUAAAAAUAGACAAACAUUAUGGUGUUGAAAUUCUUAGCUGCAUUUCCAUAGCAAUUUCAGUGAGACUGAAUUUACAGAGAUGUCACAAAGUUUUUUUAAAAAAUACCUUUGCGAGCGUAUUCAGAACUUAAUUUCAUUGCCAAAUACACCUGUUAAGUAUAACAUUGAGCCUUACUGAUACUCUGCUUUUUCAUAUAGGAAUUUGCAGUCCAAAAUAGUACAUAAUUUCUGUGCCAGAUAGACUGAAAUUUAAUAGACAUCGAAAACUCAUUGUGGGGAAUUAUUUUUCAGAGACCAAUGAUAACAUAUGUCAGGCACAGACAUUCUAGCAGAGACAUACUGAACACAAAAUUAAAUUAGAACUUUUAAAAUAGCUUGUGUGAUAUCCAGUUAAAAAGCUCUCCAUGUCCUGUUGAGCUGGAGGAAUUUGUUCACGCUCUCAAUGCACACUCAGUAAUCCCACACUCUGUAAUCCCUGCCUGUCUGAUAUUAAUAUUUUAGACCUAUAGAUUUUUGAUAUUAGCUUUUAAUGAUGUUUUGAAAGCUGGCAGUUAUUCCAAUAAUGUCCAAUUCUGCUGCAGUUGUUUUUUACAGAGUACAAGCAGUGCAUUUCCUAACCUUUACACCUACUGCUCUGAGCAGCCGAGUUCCCCUUGGGCUCAGCCUCAUCACUCCCCCUUAGGUGAUCCCAGCCUUUCCCUGUGAUCCCAUUUUUGUGCAUCCUCCUCCCUUUUGUGCUUUGUGGCUACUGGAUGUGAGUUUCCAGUUGAUAACUUCAAUUAUCUGUUUCAUUUCCCCCCCUCAAAAAAUUCAGAACUCAGUUUAAUUGCUGGCAGUAUCUGCAUUCCCUCACUGCUGUGAAAUAAGGGAUGGGUUUAAGGGCUUGCUGCAGAAAUAAAUACUUCUCCUGAUAUUCUAGAGGAGCUGAGUUGUUGCCAGCAUACAUCAGCCUGGUUUCAACGUAUUUUGUAAAAUGUUUCAGAAGAUUUUUAUUUUUAAGUUCCCUUUGUAGCUAAAAAGAAAUUACCAAAUGGUUUCUCGCUACUGUUUUCAGCCUUUCAGAAUUCCCAGGAGGGGCAGAGGCUCAGUUUGAGAAAUACCACUCGAAGGUUUUUUAGAGAGAUGCAUUAAUAUUGUAGAGAAAACUGUGGGCGGCUUCUGAAGUAUGUCACUGAUGUUAUUUUUCAUUUUUUAAUUUCUUCAGAAUCAGCCUAUCCACUUGAAACCAAUGGCACUGAUUGUUUGCUUUAAGAGUACUUUUCUUCUAGUAGUUAGAACAAUACAUCAGAGGGGAUCUUCUUGCAGCCUACAGUGUAUUAAUUUCAGUUAUUCCCAAGUUUUCUCUUGGGUAACAGAAAGGUCAAUUCAUGAUUGUUGCACUGUAUUUUUGCAUGGAUUUUUUUUUUGCUCUCUAUCUGCAGUGGAGGAAAUGGGAGGGAUUCCCCUUUUCCAGCUUUAUAGUACUGGAUUAAAGUCUCCAAAAAAGAGUGUUGUCAGAGGCAUCACAAAUAUGCCUUAAUGGUCCUUAAAUAUAGACUUACUGGGUGAGUUAGUGCUUUAUUUCUUGGGGAGCAUUGUCUGCAGAGGGAAGGCACAGCUAUAAAUGCAGAGCAGUUUUUACAGUGACACAGUUCUUUGGCCAGAUAGCAAAUCCUAAAUGGAAGUUUUGUCUGCCUGUGGGAUACAGCAGCAAACUCAGAUACCAUACCAGAAAAAUCUUGAAACUGCAAAAAGAAAAGGAAUGGAGUUUUGAGUGGAAAUUUAGAUUAAUUGUAAUAAUUUCUUGCUGUUACAACAUGUUUUUUUUUCCUUUGCUUUACCAGCAAAGGCUGAUCUGUUAAUAGUAAUUUUAAAGGCUCAUUUCAUUAUUCAAGUAAAAUAAUUAUUUAAGUGGGAGAAAGCUCAGAAAGUUUGUUAGUAGCUGAAGAACUGAUUUAGGAAAAUGCUUAAAUUUUAUACAUACUGAAGCCUGCUGCAUCUAGGUUAGAAAAAAUCAAAAAGCAAUUCCUCUUGAUUCUUUCAAGUCAUGCCUAACAUUUCUUCUGUUUGGAAGAAGCUUUUCUGUCAGGUUUGGGACACUGUACACAAGAACUGCAUUUUUGGGGAUUUCUGCUUUCCCUUCCAGCACAGAGCACCAGCUCUGGAAGGCAAAAGAUGAACUGUGCUUCUUUUUUCUGUAAUUAUUACUUCUAAUUUAUUUGAUUACUGCUUUAAAGCUUGCAAAACAAAUUGACUGCAGCAUGUAAUGAUUUGGUGAACACAUGAGCAAAUCCAGAAUAACAGCAGCAAGGUGGCCCUUCAGGGAUGUGCUGGAUGUUUUUAAGGUGAUCAGUAGUUUUAUGUGCCUGUUUUGCAUGAUAGUGGUAAUUAGGCCAAUCGUACCUUUCAUGUUUGUGGGGUUUUUGUUUCUUUCUCUUUUAAUUCUCUUUCUUUCCAGCUUAUUUGCCUAAAUAACUUCCCAAACUUGUGCUGCAGGAUAUAACCAAAGUUGCAACUUCCUAAUCGUUUUUAAAGAGAACUUUAUUCAUCAUUUAACUUGUCUUACUUUGCCAAGUUACUAAUAACAUUUUUCAUUUGCCAAACUAAGGUUCACUGACAUCGGUCCUUAAUCCUUUAUUUUUUUUUUUCUUUUUCAUUCAGAUGCAACCAAGAAUGAGUAAGUGUUCCAGACACCGUUUCUAAUAAAUCACAAAUGCAUUAAUAACCCUGGAAUUUGCAAGGCGUGACCUAAGACACCAGCAGCCACUAGAUGUAGCAACUGGUGCUUAACACUGGAAAUGUCCAUUGUUAACACGUUCCCAGGAAAUAUUUUUUAGGCUUAUCAGGGGAAAAUGUCAUACAUUUUGAUAAUCAGGUCUUUUUGAAUUAACUGAUGACCAAUUUCUUCUGGGUAUUUUAAGUUGUCUGUUCUUUUAUGUUCUCAAAAACCACGUAGGAUGUUAAUUAAAAGGCAUUUAUUUCUGAAACCAGAAAUCAGUGUCUCAUAGCUGAUUUAUUGUGUACUCUACUCCAGAAAAUACACAAAGCCCUCUAGUCCUUUAUUAUUUCUAAUGCUGCUGUUUGCAGUGAACUUUUGCUUUCUGAACCCUGUUUUUAAGCAUCAGAACUGUUUCUUUAUCACCAUUAAGAUUGCUUGGUUUCUUACCAAAAUAACUUUCCUUUCCCUGAAGUUUGCACAAUCUGCUGUUGUCUGAGUUGCCUAAAUUCUUUCCUUCAGGUGGAAAAAAAUUUGCCAAGAAGAAACCACUGGUGGAUAAAGUAACCAUUGGUCUGUGUUCUAAGUAAUGGAUGAAGGAUUUAACUAAAAAUAAAUUGACAUUUAGGUGGCGAUAAGUAUAAUAAAAGUAUUUUCAACUUACAUAAAGGGAACUCAAACUUUUCAUGUUUUUUUAAUUUCAGACCUAAUUUCUUUAAAAGCAGACUGAGACUAUUUUCAUGCAUUACUUCUGCUGGCUUGCCCUGGAUAAUUUUAGUGCUUAAGAUAAAUCCCAGUGUCUAAAAAUCCCUACCUGUCUGUCAGCCCAUUUCUAUAGAUACCAACAGAAGCACCUACAUUGUUCAGGGUGCUGAGUAUUUUCAAUUUUACAUUCAUCAGGUCCCAUAACCAAGUCUUGGCUUGGAGGAAAAAAAAAAUUAAGAAAAAGAGGCUUACACAGUUAAGUUGAUGAUCAAAAUAUUGAUUAGCACAGCUUUGAUGUGUUACUGGAAUAACUCCAAAAAAGCUGUAGCAGAAUGAGGAAAAAGCACAAAGGCAGGCAGUUAGUUCAGAGGUUUGGAGUGGUUCCCAUGGUGGGGGUUGUUAGCUGGAGUUUUCAGCUUUGGGAAGAGGUACCAAGCAUGAGUGGAGGAUGGAGGUUGAUAUAAAGGUAUGUAAAACCAUGACUGGCAUGGGAACAAUUAUUCAUUAUUUUCCUUGUAACUCAAAGAAUGGCAGGCAUGCAACAAAGCCAUCAGGAAGCAGAUCUAAAAUAAAUAAAAUUACUUUGCAGUUUUCCAGCCAACGCCUAAUUAUAUUGUGAAAUUUGUUGCCACAGGAUGUUUUGGAUACUGAAAGUAUGAAUGGGUUCAAAAAACACUAGACAGAUUUACAAAGGGCAAGCUAUUCACAGCUAUUAAAGACAUAGAUCUGUGUGCAAUCUCUGGGCUAGGAAGGCCCAAAGGCACCAGUGCUGAAAGCUAGAAGGGUUUAUUGGGGCAGGAUUUCUCAAUGCCUGUUCUGUUCUUUUUCUCUUUCUUUCUUCCUUGGGAUCCAUUGCUGGGUUCAUUCAGAUACAAGACUUCAUUAAAUUUUCUGACAUUAUUUUGGAUAGAGGGACCAAACCUCAACUGUUUCUUAAGGUGUUUGAUUUUGAGCAGCUUCCUGGUAAGAAUAAGCUUGAAAGAGAAUUGAUUAUUUUGGAAAAUCCUUGCCAGGAAUGCUGAAGUUUGUAUUUGUCCUGGUGUAGGGCAAAUCUGGGAGAAAGGACAGCCUAGGACAGUGUGAUAUCAGUAAAGCUUUUCCUCUGUGGACAGUGGUUAAUUCACAUUUUCAUCCCUUUCUGUUAGAUGAGGGUUUGGCUGCAUCCAAAGCCUGAAGGCUUUAUCUUUUCAUGAGAAGGCAAAGAAAAUCCCAUUCUUUAACUCUGCCACAGCUAUCCUGGAAUAACUUUUAUAAAUCCUCACUCUCUGAGGAAACUUCCUAGUCCUCUUACAGCUGAACUUAGAAGUUUCUGUCUCAUUGUUUGAAAGAAAAGCAAGACUGAGGGGUUUUUUCCCCAAGGAUAGAAAAAAAAUCCACAAAAAGUUAAAUGGAGGAGUUCUGCUGUUCUCUAAUGCAUAUGUUGCCAUCUGGUGGGAAUCCUCACAUGGGUGAAAUCACUUUACACUGGCAUCAGUAAAAUUAUUUGCAUAUAAAAAUGUUUUUAGGAUUCAUCCCUUGAUUUCAUUGAGUUCAUUAAAAAGGUAUUAACUCAUGAUUCUCUUGUCAUUUUCCCCUUCCCUCUCCCUCUUAGGAAACAGCAAAGCCCUGUCAUUUUGCAGAGUAAAUGAUGUCUUAAAAUACAUUUAAAAUGUGAUCAUUUUAUUUUUAUGUGUUCCUUUUG